ACUAUGCUUUCUAAUUCAGUGUUUUAUUUUGAUGUCAUCCAUGCUGACAAACGUGAAAAGUUAAAGAACAUGUUACAGUCUGAAACAGAAGAAGAAAAUAGUUUAAUGUUCACUGUUGUAAGUGAACCACCUGAAGAUCGCCAAGAUAUGGACUGUGAAGAUAUUGGAUAUUCUUUUUUUAAUUUGAAAGAAAUAUUAAUGAAAGAAGAAGAUUUUAUUGACCAUGAAAUUAAAAGUAAGUACUGUACUGUAAUUAUUUAUAUAAAUUGAAAAAGUGAAAACAAGAAACAUUAUUGAAAGGAAAAGAUGUAAAGAUAUUUGAAUGUUUCUAUAAAGAUGUUUCUUUUGUAAAUGUAUUUUAAUCAUUAUCCUGUUAGUAGGUCAUCCUUCCUUAGUAAUGUGAAUAGGUAGAUCAAAUCUCUUACAUUUUAUGGAAUAUUUAUAUUUGUUAAAGGU